CUGCUCUCCACCACGCCCGCCCGCAUCAUGAAUGCCUCGUCGCGCCUCCUCCGUCCAAUCCCAAAGGCUCCCUGCCAGCUGUGCGAGUCCGUCUUAGCCCAGCCCGCGCGUCACCAGCGCUUCUUCAGCUCCGCCUUCGCCGCGCGCCCACAGCUUCGCGCCCACCAGCCGCAACCGCACCGGACGCGACAAUUUCCGCGCAAUAUCACUGCAAAAACCGUACCGCGCCGGCCCCGGGUAAAUCAUAUACCCACGCCUGUCGACCCUGCCCAUGAGGCCGACAAGGCCGAAGGGGCCGUCAAUGCCAUCAUUGCCUCGGACAGCUCGGUGCCGUCGGAGGAAAAGAUACUGAAGGCCCUCGAUGUAUGCGAGGAAUCGGCCGCCUACUUGGCGCAGCUCAGCAGCAAGAAGCCCAAAACCAAGCAAGGUUCCGGGGGCAACACGAGCCCGGCUUCAAUGCUGCUUGGCCUCGACCCGCAGAGCACCUCUGCAUCUUUGGAGAAACCAAUCGAACAAGUAUCUACAUGCGCCUACCAUCUCAUGUUGCAUCCGACCGUUUUCAUUACUCCCAAGGUCCUGAACGCAUACGUCAACAUCCAGUUGUUGCUGCGGCGUCCAGACAGCCUUCCUGAAAUCUUGUAUCUCUACGCAAACAAGCCCGUGCCGAGUCCCGGCUCGUCGCCUGUCACAUACAAGGUACCUAAUCCGAAAAAGGUCAUGGCUGCCGUGCCACGGGAAAUCGCAAACCGCGCCUUGGAGGCGGCAAUGGAGGCGAAAGACUUGCACCUGGCGCUGUCAGUCAUUGAGCUGACGUUCCGCCAGCCUGCGUACAGCAAGGCCAAGGUGCUCAACAAAGUCUUGCUACCGGGAAUGGGGCUUUCGCUGGCCCCCGUUGCUGCGUAUAUCCUGGCGAGCAAGUUUGCUGAGUACCAGCAGGUCGUGGAUGCCGGGACGGCGACGACCACGGCGCUCGCGGGCAUCCUGACGUAUGUUGGCGCGGUCACGACGGUGGGGGUUGUCGCCGUCACGACAGCAAACGAUCACAUGGACCGGGUGACGUGGGCGCCCGGCAUGGCAUUGACGGAACGGUGGCUGAGGGAGGAGGAGCGUGCCGCUGUGGACAUGGUGGCGCAGGCAUGGGGGUUCAAGGAAGACUUGAGGAGAGGCGAGGAGGAAGGCGAGGAGUGGGACGAGCUGAGGGAAUGGGUGGGCCUGCGCGGGAUGGUGCUGGACAAGGUGGACCUGAUGGAGGGAAUGCAGUAAUUAGCGCGCGCGUGAGUGUACGUAUGUAUGAGUACCGGAAAAAAAAAAGUUGAAAGAUUGUCCAAAU